AUUUUUUGAAAAAUUUUCAGAUGUUACCAGCUUCUAAAUGGAAUCUGAGGAUUAGGAUUAGUACUUAAUUUUAAUACCAUGAGAGCUCUUUUUCCUCUCAGUUGUUUUUGAGGAGUAUAGUUUGGGAAAAUGCUAAAUGCUUGUUUGCUUUAUACUUUGAUAUACUCUGAUAGUAUUUGGAAGGUAAUUUUGAUAGAAGUCUGUCUUGGAAGUUAAGCAAUGGGACUUUUUUCUUAAAGGAUCUUUAAUGGUAAUUAGAAUUAAAACAUGUGCCUACCUAUGGUUAGACUUAAUAUUUAUAGUAGUUUAUUACUACUGUGAUAGGCAGUGAGGGUAAGACAACCUAUUGAUGAGUGAGUCUUUGUAAUAUUAAGUAUUCAACUUUUAGCCUGUGUUGAAUACGUUGUGUAGUUUUACUACACUGUCUUGUAGACACUUAUGCUUAUUUAAUUGACAAGUAAUUCUAAAUUGGGAACAUUUACAGAUUGAAACUGUUUGUUUUUUGGGUGCACACAUUAGGGUAAUGAAGCAUAAGAUUUACACUGUGGAACCUCAGUUGAUUUAUCAAGAUGUGUUCAGGUUUUGUAAGCAUUUGAAAAAUAAUACAUAAAAUGGGUCCGGUAGUAAUAUAAAUAGCUUAGUAUAUAUGUGGGUAUACAGAUACGUGUAUUAAUACCAAUAACAUAAAAUAAAUUCUUGUUAUUUCAUGUCUUCAGUAAGGCCUACCUACAUUUUAUUUAUAUUUAUGCAUGUUUAAAAAAUUCUUUGCUUGUGCAGAAUUUACAUGAAAUAAAAAGACAACUGUUUUCGAAAUUAGUACAUUAAUGGAGACUUAGAUGUUGCAAAAUUUAGGGAAAAGGCGUUUGUUAAAGCUAAUCAAAUGUAAUUUUUCUGUUAUAACAAAGGUGUAACCAUUAUUUAAAGCAAAAUUUAAAAGCUGUCUUGAAUUCCAUCCAUGUUUAGAGGUAUAUGCAGAUAAUAUUGUUUAGAGAUUUAUCCUGCACAUCUGGUUGUUUUAAAUAGAAUUUCUUCUUCUAAAAUCCAGCAUGGUGCUUUUGAAACGUAUUCCAUAUGCUAUUUCCAAUUUAGUGUGACUUUGUACACUGUGUUUUAAAUUAUUUUUGAAGACUCCAUAAUGGAAGUGUAUAGCCAACUACCACAUAAUUAUAAGUAGUUCUUCUAAAAUCGAUAUCUGUAGUCAACUUUUUAAGAACUAUUUUAGUGGGGGCGGUAAGAGAGAGAGGACACAAUGGGAAAACGUGUGAAAGUUGCAGUUCUUAUCAAAAUUAAUUGGUUAGAAUUUAAUAGUUAAAUACAGCAAAUUGAACUUAUUUUAGAGUAGAUUUUUCAUUAAUUGUAGGGAUUUUUUUCUUAGUGUCUAAGAAUAUUUUAGUGUUUUUGUCAUUAUUUUUAUUAGGCAGUUAAGAUACUUACAAGCAAGACAUUUAGGCAUUAACCACCCCUCUUCAGACAAGGAUACAUAAAUUGGUUCUAAAAGUCAGGAGUUUAAGAAGUUUCCUGAGACUAGGGAACUUUUAUUGUUAGGAAUUCUCAAAAAUUUUAAGUUUCCCAAGGCAUAUUCUUUGAAAUUGGAUUCUUUUAGGCGUCUCUGACCUAGUUGGUGAGAUGUCUUCUUAACUGGAUGGGUGUAGGCUUCCUUUUAAAUUGAAGCUGAUUGCUUGCAGUAGGCUUUUGUUUUUUUCUGUCUACUUGAAAGUGAUUGGAAUUUAUUGGGAGGUUAUUAAAAUUGUUUGCAUCACCAGUAGGUAGGUUUAGUAACCAGGAUAGGGGCACCCAUUAAGGAACAAAUUUCAAUUCGCACAUAUUUGUUUUUCCUUUUCUUUUUUUUGACUAAUUUGGUUAUUUGCCAUUUCUGGGGAUUAAACUUUAAAAAAUGUUCUUCUUUUCUGUAUCUGAUGUUCUGUGUGCUAUUAGUGAUGCAGCCAACACGAACGGUUGUCAUGUGUAACACAACUUUCGAUCACCGCGAAAACACCGUCCUGGGAAAGCGUCCAUGCUUGAUAUCGUUUGGUUCAUGAACAUUAAGUUUCCAGUACAGGUAAAAUUCCAGAGGAAUCCAAAGCUCUCUCUUUAUUGGCUCCUGCUCCAACCAUGACAAGUCUCAUGCCUGGGGCAGGCUUGCUUCCCAUUCCGACCCCAAAUCCCUUGACUACAUUGGGUGUUUCCCUUAGCAGUUUGGGAGCUAUACCAGCAGCAGCACUAGACCCCAACAUUGCAACACUUGGAGAGAUACCACAGCCACCGCUUAUGGGAAAUGUGGAUCCUUCCAAAAUUGAUGAAAUUAGGAGAACAGUCUACGUUGGCAAUUUGAAUUCCCAGACAACGACAGCUGAUCAACUUCUUGAAUUUUUUAAACAAGUUGGAGAAGUGAAGUUUGUGCGGAUGGCAGGUGAUGAGACUCAGCCAACUCGGUUUGCUUUUGUGGAAUUUGCAGACCAAAAUUCUGUACCAAGGGCCCUUGCUUUUAAUGGAGUUAUGUUUGGAGACAGGCCACUGAAAAUUAAUCACUCCAACAAUGCAAUAGUAAAACCCCCUGAGAUGACACCUCAGGCUGCAGCUAAGGAGUUAGAAGAAGUAAUGAAGCGAGUGCGAGAGGCUCAGUCAUUUAUCUCAGCAGCCAUUGAACCAGAGUCUGGAAAGAGCAAUGAAAGAAAAGGCGGUCGAUCUCGUUCCCACACUCGCUCAAAAUCCAGGUCUAGUUCAAAAUCCCAUUCUAGACGAAAAAGAUCACAGUCAAAACACAGGAGUAGAUCCCAUAAUAGAUCACGUUCAAGACAAAAAGACAGACGUAGAUCUAAGAGCCCACAUAAAAAGCGCUCUAAAUCAAGGGAGAGACGGAAGUCACGGAGUCGUUCACGUUCACGGGACAAGAGAAAAGACACCCGAGAAAAGAUCAAGGAAAAGGAAAGAGUGAAAGAAAAAGAUAGAGAAAAGGAAAGGGAAAAAGAGAGAGACAGGGAGAAGGAACGUGAAAAAGAAAAGGAACGGGGUAAAAACAAAGAUAAAGACCGGGAAAAGGACCGGGAUAAAGACAAGGAAAAAGACAGAGAGAGAGAGCGGGAAAAAGAGCAUGAAAAGGAGCGAGACAAGGAAAAGGAAAAGGAGCAGGACAAAGAAAAGGAACGGGACAAGGACAGAUCCAAAGAGAUAGAUGAGAAAAGAAAGAAGGAUAAAAAAUCCAGAACACCACCCAGAAGUUACAAUGCAUCAAGAAGAUCUCGUAGUUCCAGCAGGGAAAGGCGUAGGAGGAGAAGCAGGAGUUCUUCCAGAUCACCAAGAACAUCAAAAACUGUAAAAAGGAAAUCUUCUAGGUCUCCAUCCCCUAGGGGCAGAAAUAAGAAGGAUAAAAAGAGAGAAAAAGAAAGGGACCACAUCAGUGAAAGAAGAGAGAGAGAACGUUCAACCUCUACAAGAAAGAGUUCUAAUGACCGAGAUGGAAAGGAAAAGUUGGAGAAGAAUAAUACUUCACUUAAAGAGAAGGAACACAAUAAAGAACCAGAUUCAAGUGUGGGCAAAGAAGUAGAUGACAAGGAUGCACCAAGGACUGAGGAAAACAAAGUCCAGCAAAAUGGGAAUUGUCAGCCAAAUGAAGAAAACCUCUCUACCAAAACAGAAGCAGUGUAGGACUGACAGAUGCACCUCUAAACACACGCUGGAAUAAAAUCCAAAGCUAUUAAUUCUUCCAACAAGAUGUUAUACAGUGAAGAAAUCCAGUUGAGUAUGAAGAUAUGAACUAACAGCUUUUCUAGUUGUUAGGUGACUUUGUGGCCAUCUUGUUACUGAGUAAGAAAAUAAAGCAUGGACAUCGUGAAAAUAACAGGUGUUACCCAAACUCCUCAUCUUCUAGAAUUUGUGCAUUUCCAUGGUGGCUGACACACUUGUCAUGUGGUUUGUUAGUGUUUGCCAAGAACCAUUGCAAAUAAAUGGGACGUCAAAGAUCCAAAUUUGUACUGUCCACAGAGACUGGAGAUAAGCAUUGGAGGCUCUUUUAAAAAAUGGUUGUUACUGAAUUUUGUAUUGUUUUACUUUUUUUUUUUUUUAAUUUCAAUAUAUACAGAUUUGAUGAUGUGCUUGAAAUCGGUGCAAAUAUAUACACACCCUUGUAAGUGCAGAGUAAGAAGUUUUAACAUUUACUUCACAGGAUUUACGGUGGUUGUGUUAAAUUCUCACUAUUGUGUUUUCUUUUGCUCACUGUUUAGGACAACAGUUUUUUGUUAAAAUAGUUUUACAGACUAAAAUUGCUUAAAUAAGUGGAUUAACAAACAACUGACAAUGCAUGCUACUGUUCUCUUUCAAAAGGAAGAGCAACUGUAUUGAAUACUAAUAAUAAUGGAUUAGUAUUCAGCGUUUAGAAUCAUUGGGUCUCCUCACAAAGUAAGCAUUUCCUUUUGAACUUUUUUUGACAUUUCCAAGCUUAUUAUGAAUAAUAUUGCAGUGUGUGUUGUCAGCUGUAGGUGGCAAAGGUGUCAUUAUUAAAAGAAAACUGGGUUUUCAAAACGGGCUAUGGGAGCACAAGCUGAAGCUUUAGUGCCUUCUACAAUGUGGUAUACUGUUUUCUAGAAUUUUAUAUGUGCUAGUCAUUCUCAAUUCAUACGGAACUUAGAUGGAUAUUUCAUUCACUCCCAUAGAGAAAGUGUCCAAAAUAGUGUGUCAGAGAAGAGCUUCUUACAUAGCUCACCUAACAUGAGGGAAGUCCUGCUUCUAAGAAUGACUUCAGAGCUUAAAACAACAAUGCAGUUUUGGGACCAUCAGUUUUAUACUGUGAUAAUUGAAUAUGAAGCAUGUUCUUACUUUACUUAAAUCAGAGCGAACACUUUCGUUGUCUCCAUUGGAUGGCCUUAAUUAUUACCUCUUAAUCAUCUUCUCGUAAGUGAUGUGCAGAAAUUAUAUGUAAAAGAGAACACGUGAGAUUAUUUGUUUUAAGGAUAUGUUUACUUGAGUUUAAAAUAUAGGUCAUCCGUUACUCUUAGGCUCACUUUUUGCAGGAAGUAUGCAAGUAGUAAAAUGACAACAUUGCUAAUAUUUUCCCCAAAGCCAUAACUCAUAAUUUCAGAGAUCUUUUCAUUAUUGUUAUAUUCCCCCAAAAGUUAUACCUUUCAAUUCGCAUGUUAUUAAAAAAAAUCAAGUAUAAUUAUUUUAAUGCAAUCUAAUACAAUCAAAUUACUCCGUUGCCUUACCUCAUGGGAAGAGUUACUUAUAGAUUUAAAAAGCUGAGUAGCACAUCAGUUACUUGGUUUCAACUUGAGUUUUCUUUUAAUGUUCAUACUAUUGAAACUUAAGUAUUUGAUAGAAAAUGGAAAGAAUUGCCCUUAUUGCAAGUAAUGAAGCCUGGUUUGAUUAUGAAGCUGCUUAAUUACUCUUCAUGUGUUCAGAAUUACUGUGUUUUUUUUUCCUUUUUGUCACCGUGUACAUUAAAAUUUUUGAAAAUGCUUUACUAUGUAAAGUAUAGAUGGUCAUUUUAAUCAUUCAACCACAUACGGUUGGCUGGUAAACAGCUUAUUCUGAUACAAGAAUGCUUGGGUGCAUAUGGAAAGAUUGUGAGUGUGUGUCUUGCAUCAACAGCUGUCUUAUUUAUAAUAUGUAGUAGAAUAGAGCAAAUGUUUGAAUCUUUGUUAUUUUUAGUACCAUUUCUCUAAUAAAGCUAAGUAUUUUAGAGGAGA